UGGUCACGCAACUGAAACUGAGGAUUCUGUCAAUUCACCCAGGGAAUAGAACAAAUACCAAAACUGGUAGGAGUUCGUGUUUUAGGAUUUGACCAGAGAUACUUGCAUUGUGUGAUUGUGUGACUAACAGCUCUGCCUGUGAUCCUGUUGCUAGGAAGGGCUCAGCAGUGCCUGGGAGCCCAGGGAGCCACUGUCUGAGUCCCUUGAGGUUGUCGCCAAAAAAACAUUGGACAUGAACCCCACAAAAGGAGGCCUGGUCAUUUUCACAGCCAACUCCAACCCGUCCAGCAGAGAGCUGGGUAAAAGGAUCGCCGAACGGUUGGGUGUGGAGCUUGGUAAAGUGCAGGUCUAUCAGGAGGCUAACAGAGAAACACGGGUUCAAAUCCAGGAGUCUGUGCGUGGUAAAGAUGUCUUCAUCAUCCAGACUAUAUCCAAGGAUGUUAAUACAACUAUCAUGGAACUGCUUAUUAUGGUGUACGCCUGCAGGACCUCCUGUGCUCGGAAUAUCAUUGGCGUCAUUCCGUACUUUCCUUACAGUAAACAGUGCAAAAUGAGAAAACGAGGUUCCAUCGUCUCCAAGCUGCUAGCUUCCAUGAUGUGCAAAGCAGGCCUAACUCAUCUCAUCACAAUGGAUUUACACCAAAAGGAAAUCCAGGGCUUCUUUAACAUUCCAGUAGACAAUCUGCGAGCUUCUCCAUUUUUACUGCAGUACAUUCAGGAAGAGAUACCUGACUAUAGAAAUGCUGUAAUUGUUGCCAAGUCUCCGGCAUCAGCUAAAAGGGCCCAGUCAUUUGCUGAAAGGCUCCGGCUGGGCAUUGCUGUGAUCCAUGGUGAGGCACAGGAUGCUGAAUCGGAUCUUGUGGACGGACGACACUCUCCACCAACGGUCAAAAACAUUGGUGCUAUUCAUCCUAGUCUGGAGAUACCAUUACUUAUCUCAAAAGAAAAGCCUCCAAUAACUGUGGUGGGAGAUGUAGGUGGUCGAAUUGCCAUCAUUGUGGAUGAUAUUAUUGAUGAUGUGGAUAGUUUUGUGGCAGCAGCUGAGACACUGAAGGAGCGAGGUGCUUACAAAAUUUUUGUCAUGGCCACUCAUGGAAUCCUUUCCUCUGAUGCACCCCGUCUUAUAGAGGAGUCUGCCAUUGAUGAGGUGGUUGUCACAAACACCAUUCCACACGAGAUCCAGAAAUUGCAGUGUCCCAAGAUCAAGACGGUAGACAUCAGCAUGAUCCUGUCUGAAGCAAUUCGCCGCAUUCACAACGGAGAAUCGAUGUCUUACCUGUUCCGCAACAUAGGCAUGGAUGAUUGAUAAGGCUGGUUGGUUGCUGCACUAUCACUGCCAGUUGCGUAAAGUGCUCAGAUGUCCAAAUUUUCUUAAUAUAAAUGUACCUUGUGGCCAAAAGUUAAA